AAACACGUUGGUUCUCCUCCUACCUUUUGGUGGCGGUUUUGGGUAGCGUGCUCCGUCCGAGCACAUUUCCAUAGCCCCCAAUCUCUUCUCUGAACGUGAGAAGUUUUCAUGGAUGAUUCUUCCGAUCUGGAUUGAAAAUAAACAGAGUUCAUUAUAAUCAUAUUGCAUCUAAAUCUAAUGGAGGACAACCAAAAUGGAGGCGCAAGCUCUUCGGAGUCUUCUGUUGAAGUUCAGUUGAAGUCGGAUGAAGAAGUUACUGUUAAAAGGCAAUUGGAUAGGGGUGAGACUGCUGUUGCUCCUUCCCUACCAAACAACGGCGGUGCUGGCAGGUUCUCGAGAGUUUCUACUAUGCCAAUUGAGAUUUCAGAUUCUGAGAAAUUGGAGGCGCCAUCAAGCAGGAUUAAACUGGAAAGAUCAAAAACCGAAAGGCAGGGACACAAUAACAUUCAUCCUGAAGAUGCAGCCAUGAUUUUUGAUAACAAGAUUCCUCUGCAACAAAAGCUUAAAUUGUUGAACAGAAUAGCCACUGUGAAACAUGAUGGAAGUGUAGUAUUUGAAGUUCCACCAGAUCUUGAACCUCAUGUACUUGGGGGAGGACCUGAUAUCGUUUACAAUGAAGCAGACAUUGAACCUAUUGACUCAAAUGAACUUCAGUGUAUACCGCCUAUGCAAAUUGUGAUUCUUAUUGUUGGAACACGUGGCGAUGUGCAACCAUUUAUUGCAAUAGGCAAGCGCUUACAGGACUAUGGUCACCGUGUUAGACUGGCUACACAUGCGAAUUUUAAGGAUUUUGUAUUGAUUGCUGGACUGGAGUUUUAUCCAUUAGGAGGAGAUCCCAAGGUUCUUGCAGAAUAUAUGGUUAAAAACAAAGGAUUCCUUCCAUCAGGACCUUCAGAAAUACCUGUGCAGCGACAUCAAUUAAAGGAGAUUAUUUUCUCUUUACCCUCUGCCUGUAAAGAACCUGACCCAGCUACUGGCAUCCCUUUCAAAGCAGAUGCAAUUAUUGCCAAUCCUCCAGCAUAUGGGCAUGUACAUGUUGCAGAGGCUUUGAAGAUUCCGCUUCAUGUAUUUUUUACAAUGCCAUGGACACCAACCAGUGAAUUUCCACAUCCUUUGUCCCGUGUUAGACAACCAGCAGGGUACAGGCUCUCAUAUCAAAUUGUUGACUCUUUGAUAUGGCUGGGUAUAAGAGACAUGAUAAACGACCUCAGAAAAAAGAAGUUGAAAUUACGACCAGUUACCUAUUUAAGUGGUUCACAAGGCUCGGAGAGUAAUGCCCCACAUGGAUACAUUUGGAGUCCUGAUCUUGUUCCAAAACCAAAAGAUUGGGGCCCUAAAGUUGAUGUUGUAGGUUUUUGUUUCCUUGAUCUUGCUUCAAAUUAUGAGCCUCCUCAACCACUUGUAGACUGGCUGAAAACUGGGUCAAAGCCUAUUUAUAUUGGGUUUGGAAGCCUUCCAGUUCAAGGACCAGAGAAAAUGACACAAAUUAUUGUGCAAGCAUUAGAAAUCACUGGCCAAAGGGGUAUUAUUAAUAAGGGAUGGGGAGGCCUUGGUGACUUGAAGGAACCUAAGGAUUUUGUGUACACGCUUGACAACGUCCCUCAUGACUGGUUGUUCCUUCAAUGUGCAGCUGUUGUGCAUCAUGGUGGUGCUGGAACAACUGCUGCUGGUCUUAAAGCUGCGUGCCCCACUACUAUUGUGCCAUUCUUUGGUGACCAGCCCUUUUGGGGGGAGCGAGUUCAUGCAAGAGGAGUCGGUCCUCCACCCAUACCAGUUGAGGAGUUCUCGCUUCAAAAGUUAGUUGACGCAAUAACAUAUAUGCUAGAUCCAAAGGUUAAAGAACGUGCUUUAGAACUUGCUAAGAAGAUGGAGAAGGAAGAUGGUGUAACUGGUGCAGUUAAUGCCUUCUUCAAGCAGCUUCCCCGUAAAAAGACAGAAGAGGACCAGGACCCGCCACCACCACCACCACCACAACCGACAUCUCCAUCCUCCAGUCCCUUCUCGUUUUGGAAUUGUUUCGGUUGUUCAUAGUAAUUUUUCGCGAGAGGAUAAUCCAUCUUUAUGUCCAUAGUGAUUAGGUUAUUAUUUUGUAUCUCCGACCAUUGUGCCCCAUUUUCAUUUGUCUUGCAUCCAUGGUUUCUUCAACCCUUGUUGUCUGUGUAUUUUUUUUUUUUGUAUACUUGAACUAAAAGAAGAAAAUAGUGUGAAUAUCCAUUCUUUUUAUUGACCUUUUUACAGUA